GAGCUCAUCCUAAAGCCUAAAAGGCAAAUCAGGCGGUGCACAACUACGAUACGACUCCGAUUCAAUUAAACACACACCUCUCUCAUCUCGCUCUCACUCGAUCUCUACACUCAAUUCAAUCACACCCAGGACCUUUAUCAAACACCUCAUCUGCACCUCACAUGGCGGAAGAAGGCGGAAGCAGUGUCGGUGAGCGGUGGUAUUAUUCGAGAAAGGAGAUUGAGGAGAAUUCGCCUUCGAGGAGAGACGGGAUUGAUCUCAAGAAAGAGACGUAUCUGCGGAAAUCUUAUUGUACUUUCUUGCAAGAUUUGGGGAUGAGGCUUAAAGUGCCUCAGGUUACCAUUGCUACUGCAAUUGUUUUUUGUCACCGAUUCUUCCUUCGGCAAUCUCAUGCGAAGAACGAUAGGAGGAUAAUUGCAACAGUAUGUAUGUUUCUUGCGGGCAAGGUUGAAGAAACUCCUCGUCCCAUAAAAGAUGUUAUAAUUGUUUCUUACGAAAUUAUUCACAAGAAGGAUCCUGCUGCUUCACAAAGGAUAAAGCUAAAGGAGGUCUAUGAACAACAAAAAGAACUGAUUUUGUUAGGAGAACGUGUUGUUCUUGCUACUCUCGGGUUUGAUUUUAAUGUGCAUCAUCCAUAUAAGCCCCUUGUGGAGGCAAUAAAGAAACUUGGGGGUCAAAAUUCCCUCGCUCAAGUUGCCUGGAAUUUUGUGAAUGAUGGGCUUCGGACAUCUUUAUGCUUGCAGUUUAAGCCUCACCACAUUGCAGCAGGUGCCAUUUUCCUUGCUGGCAAAUUUCUAAAAGUAAAGCUUAAUGAUACCGAGAAGGUUUGGUGGCAUGAGUUCGAUAUUAUACCACACCAAUUGGAGGAGGUUAGCAAUCAAAUGCUAGAACUAUAUGAGCAAAAUAAAGUGCCGCCUUCUCAGACUAGCGAAGUAGAAGGAAGUGUUGGAGGUGGAGUUGCACCACGGGCCACCACGAAAGCUCCUGCUGCAAAUGAAGAACAUGUUGCAAACAGUAGUAAUUUGCAAGGGGGGAUUACUACUUCCAAGUCAGGGACAUUAAAGUUGGCGCCAUCUCGUCCUGACCAAUCUUAUCUUGAUAAUCAUGGUGCCCCGUCAAAGGCAACACAAAAUCAAAGUGAUGACCAUGCAAGUUCAGACAUGACUAGCAUACCUAGCCACAAAAGAGAUAGUGACUACGAUCCAGAAUCAUCGAAUCACUCUGAGGAACAUGGUGACGAAGACCUAGAAAGUAAAACUGUGAGAAGUAAGAUAAAGGAAAGAGGGGACUUGAAGGAAAAAAAUCAUGACCGAAAUCUCAAUUAUAAAGAAAGCAUUGAUACAGACAAGGUAAAAGCGGCUCUAGAGAAAAGAAAGGCCCGUGGUGCUACAACUCGGAAAAUGGACUUUACAGACGAGGAUGAUCUCAUUGAGAGAGAACUGGAAGAUGGUGUUGAACUGGCUGUUGAGAGUGAGAAAAUCAAACAAGAGAGAAAGCAAAGCUUGUCCAAACACCCAGAUGAGGAAGAAGAUGGUCCCCAGGGAGUAGAACGGAAUUCAUUAUCUGGGCAAGAUUUCAACAAUGUAGAAGGGGAAUUGGAUACUUUUGAUGAUGCUGACAGGGGAUAUCAUUCACCAAAUCCGAGCAAUCGCAAGAGAAAAGUUGGGAGUCCACCUGACGAGACAUUAGAGGGAAAGCAGCGGGUAGAUUAUAUGCCCGCAUCCCAUCACGACAGCCAGCACGUUUUUCUUGAAGAUAGAGAAAGAGAUCACAAAAGGCAUGUUCAAGGAAAUCAUGUUUGAAGACAUUUUCACUGCAAGGGCACACUGUGAAAGCAUGGUAUUUAUAUACCUUCAUGAAGAUGCUCUGCAUGCAUUUUGGUCUUGCUUUGCUUGCAGAUAUGUGGCAGGUGAACCUUUGAUCGUGAUAAUAUGAAACAAUGGAGCUUCUUUUUAUUCAACUGCACGUUUGAAAAGUUCCAAAAAAAAAUGAGAAACAUUUUGUAAGAAUGAUUUAAGGUGCUUAUUCAAGUUUCAGGACAUUUAACUUUGCAGAA